GCCGACCCCCUGGACCCCAAGAUAUGUAUGAUGGUGUGCAUCUACUUGGCAACGAAGAUCACGGAAGAGCCACGCAAACAGCGCGACAUCAUCAACGUUGGGUACAAAAUAGCGAAUCCCUCACAGGCAUUCCUGGCAGUUGGCGACACACUGAACGCGCUGCGCGAGACCAUGGACAAGGCAGAGCUGGUCGUGCUACGUGUGCUUGGAUUCAAUGUGGACGUGGAUCUGCCACACCGGUGGAUAGUGCAGAUUGUGUACGGCAUGGCGUGGUGGGCGGACAAGGGCAUCCCGCCAGACGACACCGGUAAGUGGCAAAUGGCAUGCCAAGUAAAGCUGCAAUAACGAGACAUGCUCAAGCAGAACAAACAUGUGGUGGCCGUAGAACGUAUUGGUGUGCAAGUCAAGAAUGUGGCACGCACGGCAUGGCGUAUGGCUAGCGAUGCAGUCAGGGCCGGGCUGCUGGACGAUUCGGGGUCAUCGCGGAGACUCGGGGCAGCAUGCGUGGUGCUGGCGAUGGAAAUCAACGGGGUUCCGCUGCCAGCGCGCGACCUCAGCGAGUGGGCAGACAUGUGGGCCAAGACAUCCAGCCGGCGACUCAGCGAGACUUGCGGUGUGCUGGAGCAAAAGAUCCGACUGCGCAUAUAGGAGAUUUGGAAU